AUGGCGAAGAAGCCGGAGAAACGGUCUUCUUCGUCGAGGGCGUCGACGGCGCGAUCGUCGACGAAGAAGACGAACGCGAGAGACGACGGGCUCGAGGCGGCGGCGGCGGCUACGAGCGCUCGAGUGGACGUGGACCAAGUGCGAAAGGCGGUGAGCGCGCUGGCGACGCACCUGGAAAAGGUGGCGAAUGAGAAACCUUCGUCGGCGCUGUUCGAUGACGAGGCCGAGACCUAUCACGCGCUGAUCUCUUUGAGACGUACGCCGAAGGAGACGACGAGCGCGCGGCUCAUCGCGGUGCCGAUUCCGCACCCGCUGCUCGAUCUCUCCACGGCGGAGCUGUGUUUGAUCGUGAAGGAUCACCAGGGAGAGGGACAUAAGGAGGCGAAGCAACGGGUGGCGGAGAUGGCGCAGUGCGGCGUGGCGAAGGUUUUAGGGAUUUCCAAAUUGAAGGCCAACUACAAGGCGCACGAGCAAAAGCGCAAGCUGUGCGACUCGUACGACAUGUUCUUAGCCGACGAUCGAGUGAUCCCGAUCCUUCCCAAGCUCUUGGGGAAGAACUUUUUCAAGAAGAAGAAGCAGCCGGUGGCGGUAGACCUCACGAAGAAGGAUUGGGUGGCUCAGGUCAAGCGCGCCGUGAGCGCCACGUACAUGCACAUCGCCGGCGGCACGUGCGUGAACGUCAAGGUGGGUAAGAGCACGAUGGGCGAGGAUGAAAUCGUGGAGAAUAUCAUGGCAGCGAUCGCGGGGGCAGUGCAUAAGAUUCCGCGCAGGUGGGGGAACGUGCAGAGCAUCUACAUCAAAACGCCAGACUCGGUCGCGUUACCGAUCUUCGCGGCGCCUCCGGAUGAAUAA